AUCCACUACGUGAUCUUUAAUUGACUUUCCUUUUCAUUCUACUUCACUACCUCUUUACAUAUACGGAGUGUUUUUAUAUGGAGUACCAUCUGAUCCCCAUGCUUCUUUGUUUAUGUAUGGUGGGAAGCGAUGCAGCAGCUUCAUCUUCUUGUAUGCUGACCAUGUAUUGGAAUACGAAGCUUCCCAACACUGCCAUGCCCCCAGCAAUCAAAAAUUCACUCCCAACUGCAGCAGCUACUGCUUGGUCCUCCUCCUUCGCAAAGGAAUUUCAGAGCUUAAACAGCGUCAUUAUCUACCGCCACAACGCGACGGAAAACGAAUUCCACGACAACUCCGGUGUCUCCCUCUUCUUCAAGCCUGCCGCCUUACACAAAGGUAACGCCGACGGCAUGACCUUACGAUUAUCCACGCCAGCGAACGGCCCCGUUUUCCUGCCCCGGACGGAAUCCGAAAAGAUCCCGUUUUCCUCCCGGGAGAUUCCCCGAAUCCUCGACCGCUUCUCCGUAAAACCCGAUUCCGAUGAAGCUCGGGAGAUGAAGAAAACCAUUAAAGAAUGCGAAGAACCCCCUGUCAAAGGAGAGGAGAUGCAAUGCGCCACGUCACUGGAAUCCAUGGUCGACUUCGCCAUAUCUAUGAUGCAGGGGAGGCAGGGGAAGAAGAUCGUCCGGGCUGUAUCGACGGAGACCGUUGCCGGAGAAACCUCAUUCUUUCAGAAUUACAGCGUUUCAGGCGUUGAGAAAAUGAAUGAAGAAGGCGAUGGGGUCAUGGUCUGCCACAAGCAGAGCUACGGAUACGCCGUCUUCCAUUGCCACAAAUCAGAGACGACGGAUGCUUUUGAGGUUUCCCUGGUCGGAGCUAAUGGAGCUCAGGUAAAGGCGGCGGCGGUUUGCCACAAAGAUACUUCUGGUUGGAACCCAAACCAUUUGGCUUUCCAGGUGCUUAAGGUCAAGCAAGGGACUGAUGAACCUGUUUGCCAUUUCCUUCCAGAGAAUCAUGUUGUCUGGUAUGCUAAGAACUGCAUGGGAGACGUAUUUCCCCAACUUAACGUUUUAAGAACCUCGGCUAGGCCAGCUUAAUUGUCAGCCACUACAUACAUGUCUGAUGUCUGUGUAAUGUAUAACGUACCGUGUAUAAAAGAAUAAGGUUGACAAUAUAAUAAAUAAAAGAGUCCAUGGCGUUCUAUGCUUUGUGAGGCAGGUUGAAGCUAGAGCUUGCUACUUGCACCUUCUCGCGGGUGGUAUCACAUCAGGAAGACGUGGUUCGUGCUUCCUUAUUUUCUUUCAAACUACCGAACACUUGCUCAUGGAUAUUUGUUCUACAAUAAACUGUUUUUGGGGCUUGCAUGCCCAUGUUGUUGGCCGGCUGUGGCCUAUGACUUACCGUUGAAUAUUUCCGCUAUUCAUUGGUUUAAAUGUGAUGUUGUUAUGUAUGUUUACUACUGAGUAUGGAUGGAUUGUUUUCU